GAGUGGUUCUGAAAACCCCAGCUGUUCUCCAUAUUCAUGUUAUCACUGUGCAGCUUGAAGGUCUUGCAUUCUGGACUUUCAGGCCUGCAGACUUUGCACAUAUCUCCUCAGCUAUGAGUAAAUCAAUAGGAUUUCACACCUGUGUAGUUGCCUGCAGCAUUCUGCUCUUAUUCUAUAGUCUGUCAUGCCUUGCAUCUCAGAAACUGGAGGAAAGGGACAUGAUGAAGCUCCAGCCUGGCCCAUGGGCAGGAAAUGGGGUAAAAGAUGAAAGAACAAGCUUGUCAAACUUGAAAAAUAUCCUGGACCUUUCUGAGCAAACAGUCUCUGAAGAGCCAUCUGGAGUGUCUGCAAAGUCAUCUGAGAUGCCCUUGAGUGAAGCCUUCACUGCUGAAAGAGAAAUACAGCCUGUAAGCCCAAGUCAUGUCUUCCCAAGCAGUCAGAGCCUGGGUGUUAACACCCCCAUUGAGGCAGUGACUGCUGCAGAAGAGAAGGAACUUGGUCCUGUGAAGUCAGAAAAGGAUCUGAAUGAAAAUGGUGAGUUCAAGGCCAUGCUAACCACAGCUGUGACCACACUGAACCCUUCCAUUGAGGAGGAAUCUGUCAGUGGCCCUCUUAGUAAGAUGACUGCAGAGGAUAGUGCUGAAGUAGAGCAUAGCUUUGCCAGCCUCCUAGCAAGUGUCACAGAAGGCAGAUUUUCUACAGCAGAGAAGGCAGAGAGUAGUUUGAGUGACUCAGCUGCAACCCAACUACCCAGUGAGCAAAUGCCCACUUUACACCCCAGCGCUCCCAAUCUGGAAGUGACAAGUGACUACCCUGUCAUCCCCACUCCACAGCCUCAAAGUGUGGGCUCUGAAAUUGGAACCCCAAGAGCAAAUAUGGGGAGCCCUUUGCAGAUACUGACUGCACCAGAAUAUGUUGCUACAAAAUCCCCUCUUGCCUCUACUGAGGCUUCCCUCACUCUGGAAGCAGGAAUGGAUGGCAGGCAAGGAGAGCUGCCUGUCACAGGUAGCACUGGCAUCCACCCAGCUGUCUCUGUGCCACCUGACUGGGAUGACACAAAAUUAGGAAAUAUAAGUCAAGGGGGAAACAUGCAGCAUGAGGAGAUGAGAGAGGAUCAAGUGGCAACAGAACCAUUUCAGAGACUGCAGGGAGAUGUGAGGGAGGAAGAAGAUGUGACAAGAGUGCUGCCAUCCCCAGUGUCUGCUCCACCAACUCCUGGGAUUGCCAAGGAGAGCAACUGUACAGCUCUGUCAGCGCAGGGGGAGGAAAUGCAAGUAGCUUCCACAGGCCACAAUGAUGUUUCUCUCACCAUGAACUUGACAGGAAUAGAUGCAUCUGAUUUAAACUCUCUGGAAAAUACAGACACAGUAACAACAGAGGAGAGGAAAAGCAUUGCUCUGUCAUUGCCAGAGGCUGCUGUGGUGACGGAUACAAAAUCUGAUGUCCUUCCUACUCUGGAAAGCUCACUGGAAGGUGUUACUCAGGAGAUAACAGCUCCCCAGGAGGUUGAUGCUGGUCCAUCAGUUGUGAUGCUGGCACCUGUUGCUACCUCGGAAACUGAAGUUGCAAGCCUUCCUUGGGAGGAAAGUAGGAAGGAUACUCAGAUGCCAGAUGUUGCUAGUGCCACCCAGAUGUUGACAGCAACUGACACCUCUUCCAUAGCAAAAACUCCAGAUGUUGAAGAUUUCACAGAUGUGGUCGCAGUCACCAGUGAGAAGGCUCUUCCACCUCCUGAUGGCUUAUCUGCUACCCAGUCUGGACAGACAGAGGAGCCACCUAGCAGAACUGUGGUGCUGGUGACUCCAGCAUCAAUGGCCUCUUCUGUCAGGAGGACAGCUCUUCCAUCUGUGAGGAAGAUCAGUACGGCUGUAACCUAUGGGCUAGACCAGCUGGAGUCAGAAGAGGGUGAAGAAGAGGAAGAGGAUGAAGAAGAGGAGGAGGAAGAAGAGGAGGAAGAGGAGGAUGAGGAGGACAAAGACAUAGACUCAAUGGAUGAAAGCAUGGAGGGUGACACUGAGCUGCCGGGUUUCACGCUUCCGGAUGAGACCUCCCAAGAGCCCCUAGCUGGUCUGGAGAACCCUGCGGCACAGCUGGCUGGGGUGUCAUAUCAGGUUCCAGAUACCAUCGAGUGGGAACAGCAGAACCAGGGCCUAGUGAGAAGCUGGAUGGAGAAGCUGAAAGAUAAGGAUGGAGACAUGUCUAGUAUGACCUAUGCUCAUAGCAGAGCAUCUUGGUCUGGGAUUCAGCCAGAGCAAACCUUUAAGGGAGAGAGAAUUGUUUUCCUAAAGAAGGCAGGAUACAUGUCGGGAAUGCUGGUUCCUGUAGGAGUCGGGAUAGCUGGAGCCCUCUUUAUCCUGGGAGCGCUCUACAGCAUUAAGAUCAUGAAUCGCCGACGGAGAAAUGGCUCAAAGAGGCACAAAAGAAAGCAGAGGGAAUUUAACAGCAUGCAAGACCGAGUAAUGCUCUUAGCUGACAGCUCUGAAGAUGAAUUUUGAAUCGAACUGCAGAGCCGUUGUGAUUCCCAGUGACUUUUCAAGUGAGGGAGGGGGAGAAAAAGAACAAACGAAUUUCUGCUGCAUUACUGCUCUCAGCUGCUCGGAGCCACCGAGCAGCGGCUGGUACCACCCUGGCAAAACGGCAUGCUAUAUUCUACAUGUAACACGCAGUGAUGUUUGUUUUGAUACAGUAGUGAGAUUUCACAUUCACACCGGCACCUCAUUCAGAUCCGCAGCGCGUAUUGCUACAGCUGGAGCUGAUGCAUAUGGAUGAUUAUUUUCCUGUUAUCCCGGUGUGCUCUUUUGGUUCUGGCUGGCAAUAAUCUAAUCAUAACAAUAGCUCUCACCUAAUCGGCGAAUGGAAAUCUUUACUGUGAACGACUACUGUCCAAUUUGUUGACUUUUAAAUGUUACAUUACAUGAGCUAGAGUUCAUUAGUGCUAAAAUUAGCUGCUCUGCUUAAUUAAUGAGUUAUACACUUCAACUAUAUCCCUUGUCAACUGAAAAGUGCCCAAGUACAGUGUUGUUAAUACAGUUUGAAACACAGUUCCACACCCUUUUACCCAAUUCUCACCUUUCUUUCCCAAAUCCUCCCGUCAGCUCUGUUCCACGCUUCUUGGAAACACACAGGAAUGGCCUCAACACUUGAUUCACAACAAAAACCUUAGUCCAUUUUCAACCAGCACUAUCUGUUACAGCACAAUAAAUACCAGCACGCACAUACCAAUGGAUAGUCUUGCAUGGAUCUCUUAGCUUUUGUUCAGUGUGCAAAUAGGUGACAGAAAAGGCAGGUUCAGUUUUUGGCUCCUGGUUCACCUCUUUCACAAGGCUGUGUUCGCAUAGACAUGAAAGCAAUGCGUCUGUCUCCUUUCCCAGCUGGUAAUUGCAUUUUCUGCCACUGAAAACUUCACGAACGACAGCACCUUUGAGAGGUCUGAUGGAUGUCAGAUCUUGUCUCUGUACAACCGAAUGCAGAAAGGUGUUGAAGCCUGCAGAGUUAGUGGCUGCCAGUGUCGAGGGCUUCAUGGCUAAUAGGGGGAUAGUCAUAAUUCAGUGGGCAGCCACAGCUGGAGUGACGUCUGUAAAAUAGUCAAGUUGGGGAACAUCUGGCCGAAGGGGAAGGGUGACUGAAGCUGUAGGAUAGACAGCUGCGCAGGGCUGUGGAGAAUAAGCCUCAAAGGUACGAUUAAAGGAAGCAUUGGAUGAGGGCAACAUGUUGCAGAGGGAAAGAGCCAGGGUCGGAGAUGUGACUGUAAUCAAGUAGGGGUAACUAGUCUCGUUGUGCACAGGAAUGCUGUAAAACAACUGGAAAAAGGGCUGUGUUACCUUGCCUUUGUUUCAGGUUGUAAAAUGACUCUCUAAUCUUACAUUUGUGCAAAACACACAUGUGGAAAUCACCGUUUUGAGGGAAGUCAUCCUUCAUAGAGUAACAGUGUUGCCAGAGGAGACAUGAUUAGACAAAUAAGGUCAGAGCACACGUUUGCUGAGAUUAAAUCCCUCCAAGUCUUUGAAGAGGUGGAAGAGAGAAGUGUAUGAGGCGGGACACAUGCAGGAUUUCAUUCUCUGUAAAGGUGAAAAAGCCUGGCCCGUUGCAAAGUAUAGAUGUAUGUGAUGGUGAACAAAUGUCUUCUGGGCACAGGAAUGUGUUUGCAGGGUGCAGAGCACAUUUAGAAGACUUGUCUGAAACUCGCUUCUCUCUGAGAGGGUCCAGGGUCCCCUCUGGACAUUAAGUCAUCAGAUGGGAUGUUCAGUUCUAAACAAGCAGUGCUCUUCAGAGCCCAACUACUUCCCUGCAGGCGUUCCCCACAUCUAGUGAGUCGCUGGGAGAUGGACAGGCAGGACCACCUGUAUUCAAAAUGCUGCUACUGAUGCAAGUCUUCCAGUCUAAGAGCUGUGCCUGGUCCCUCACAUGUUCAUCCCACCAACUGUGUGAGAAGCUGGUUGUGGAAGGCAAGAUAAAGCCCAGCCUAUCAGCAUGCUGGGGAGCUUCAUUCCCUAAUCCCUUUAAGAUGGGCUUUUCCAGCCUGCACUCCGCAAUGCUUGCUUCUCUCCUAUUCUGUUCCUGAAACUUUGCUCAUAAGAAUUUUGCCUUGCUAAAAGCAACCCCAGAUCUCCUAAAAGCCACUGACUGGCAGCAUCUAUUUCCACUUGUAAUCCUCUGCCCACUGCUAAGUCCAGGUGCCCUUACUCAAAAUGAAAACCUCUUUUUUCUGUAACAAGUCAUUGGUCCAAGCUAAGAGCAACUUUUCCUUCUCGGCUGGUUGCUCCCUAUUUCUUUCUCAUUCUGAAGUCUUUUGGUGCUUGGAGAUGGUUAGGAGGAGUUAACAGUCCAGUUUAGCUUUGGUAGCUAUCUAGUCCUGGCAGCUGGGGUUUGGGGAACCAGGAAGUCUUUUCCUUUGGGCUUUUUGUGGAGCUGUUCACAGCAAGUGGUGAUGCAGGUUGUGAGGUGGAAUGAUUUUUCCUCCAGUCCAGCUUGCUUCAGAUUACCUCCAGAGGGAACUAGCUUCUAGGCACAGCACCAUGCAGGCUGGAAAUGAGAUAACAGAGGCAGCUGCAAGAUGUUCCUGUGAAGGGUCUCUCCAGUUCAGAUAGGGGUGCAUGAAGAGUUAGCAAUGGCAAAGGGGGCCUCUCUGCAGGAGGGAGCUUGUCUUUGAGGAGCAACGUUGGUAACUGGGCUGGCUGAUUCCUCUGCAUGCAGCUAUACCCUGAAAGAGAGACCUGAGCUGAUACUGGAAAAUAGGAGCCGCCAGAGAUAGAACAGAGUAGAGCAGAUGGACCAGCAAGAGCCAGACAGCUGGGGAUCAGCAGGGUUUUGUGCAGUAACAGCCUGUGAAGGACAGUCUUCUCUUGUUUUCCUGUUAAUGGUGAUGUGCUUGCACAGUUUGUGAAAACUGCACAAGUUGCGUUAAGUAACGGAUAAAACACGUGGCCCCCAGGCAGUUACGAGGAGGAGGGACGGCUGAGCCCAGCUGGGGAUCUGAGUGCAAAUGCUGUGGCUCUGGCAAUGCAGGAAGAGCUCCUGAGAUGGGCUGUGAGUUUGAUGGAGUGGAAAGGCUGGGAGGAAGGUGCCAUGGCCUUUCAUUGCGCUAGUAAAACCCGAGUGUGGGAACACUGACUUUUUACAGUCGCAGCGUUUCACUGUCUCUCUUUUUCUCCCUCCUCAAUGUAAUGAGCUUAGUAAGAAACUAAGGGGAAGGCUGCUUGUCAGAGUGCUGAAGCCAGCAUUUUGGUGAAACAGCUGAGUGCUAGGUGCCCUGGGCAGUGCGGAUGUCCUUCACUUGGUGAGAACAUGGAGCGGAUGUGCACUGCUCCAGCAAAGCAGGCGUUUUCCCUGAUGCUGGGAAAAUGGCCAUGCAAGAAGGAGCUGACAACUAAUUGCAAUGGUGUCUUAGUGGUUGUAGAAGAAGUGUGGUGAGACAAACUGGGCAGGCAGGGAAGUUGGAGCUAAAUGGGAUGCCCAGCUAAAUGACCAUCUUGGUCUUGGCUCUGGAGUCCGUGCUGGAGCCAGAGCGGUGCACACGUGCUGUAGAAAGGCUGCCCAAAGACUUUGCAGGUGGUCCAGCUUCACUCCCAGGCCUAUCUCUGGCUCUGGAUACCACUCUGCACUGGGAUUACUCCCAGGUAUGUUGUCCUGCUUGAGCCAUGGUGCCUUGGUUGGGAAGUGCUGGCCAGCAGAAGACUACUGUUGGCCAACUUUCUGAGCCAAGAAGAGCUACGCAGCAGUGCAGAGAGAUCUCGAGCAAUGGCCAUUUGAUGGGGAAUGCUUGCUGGUCCUGGGGACUUUGGAGCAGGGCUCAGAUGCCAGCGUUUCUCUGUGGUCUAAGAGGGCGUGCAGGAGGAGAGCCCCAGUACCAGCACGUUCAAUGGGAAAACACCAGGCUUACACACGGGGGCACCUACAGAAGGGUCUCAGCUGUGUUGCUAGCUUGGCAGUCUAGUUCUUUGGGCCAUCACUGGUCCCAAAGAUGCUACUGCCUGUGCCCCGUGUGUGAGCAAAAUCAUCAUCUGUGGAGAGAUGCUGCGCUCAUGGGACAGUGAUUUCCAUGCCUUGAAGCACCAGGAGCUUUAGUCGCUUUUAUUUAAUAGCUGUUUCUGGCCAGGCACCUGCCCCAGAGCCUGUAGGCUCCACGUAUCUUGCUGCAUAGAGCGGAGGCAAGAGAGACAGUCGAAAUGAGCCUAGAGUCCAGUGAAACCGCGGGGAGCCAUCGGGGCACAGGCAGGGGUUUCUGCGGUGCCCCUGGCGCCGGGGAACGUUGCUGCAGGCCCUGAAAGUGUAAGCGUCACUUAGCGCUGCCCCUGCUCAGUGCCGAUGCCAGGCCGGCAGCCGUUGGGCCCGUAAAAAUCUCUGCACAGCCUUAGGGGCGUUUGCUGAAAUUAUCGGAUUGCAGCCGGGAGACAGGGAGGUUUCCAGUGGGAGCGGAUUAAUCCGUCGAUUGAACUGAUAGCUCCGCGUUUCUAAAACAGCCACACGAGCAGGCAGAUUCCCCGCGGCAGUAGCGGUCUCGCGGCUGGGCGCGGGGUGAGCAGCUCGCCUCUGGCGUCCUGUGGGCGCCCGGCGUGGUGGCGCUGCCGGAUAGCACAAGCCCGAAUUUCCUGGAGGGCGUCGCAGAACCGUUUCAGCCUUUCGGGCGCCGUUUCCUAGGGGAGGAAGGAGCCGGCCCGACGGGCAGGACCUGUCGUGCCGAAAGGCGCCUGCUCCGUGCAGCCGCUGGUGGUCGAAGGUGUCGCCGGUGCCGGAUGCUCAGCCGCGACGAGACCUCCUGGGGCUGCGACCGCGUGCGCGGAGCGAUGCUGCCAGUCCGCGGGCUUUCUUGCGGGUUUUUCUCUUUCCGACGAGAGCGACUCGUGCUGUACCUAUGGAUCGUAGCACCCUGUUAACUUAAAAACGGUGGGAAAUAAAAAGCUGUCCGUCAUACCUGG